GAUCGGCAAUCUUCGCACGAAAAUCCCGUCGCGAUUCAGCCGACUGCGAAUAAUUUCAGUUUAUAAAUCGAAAUGCACCUUUUGUAGAGUUUUUUUUUUAGUUUUUCGUUUUUCUUUUUCGAACUUCCGCAACGUUGGCAUUGGCAUAACUCACCCCCUACAUCAAACAAGGCUUCCUGGUUCUGAAUAUUUUGGUAGCAACGGUUAUAAUCCCUCUUUUUACGCCCUAAAUAGCGGCCACAUUUCUCAACUUCAACAUAACAAAGAGACAUACGAAUCAAAGAUGGAUCCUCCACAGUGCGUGCAGAACGCAAUGAUGACCAAAGACAAAAAACCCUUCACCUACACCCCCAGUGGUAUUGACUUGUCCGAAGUCAAAUCUCCCAGAUUGAGUCGACGAAUACAACGAAACGCAAACUGCGGGGGGGUCACCGAAGCACCCAACGUGCCGGCCCCCCAAAACCACGGCCCCCUCCCCCCGUCCGCCCUAGCAGCCAUGCAACCCCAAAUGCACGUGCAAGUGUUUCCUUCUGGCCCCCCUCCCCCGCCUUCGGUGGGCCGCGGUGGUGUUCCCCCACCCCCUCCACCGCCAUCGGGCGUUCCCCCACCACCUCCCCCUCCAAGUCAACCGUUGCCAACGAAAAAAGUUACGACCAAUGAGAAUCAAGUUUUGGAAAGACCGGAUAUGACGAAGAUCAUCCCCGAUAACCCCAUGGCCUUGCUGAGGAAGACCGGAGGUCCGAAACCUAGGGAUUUCGUGCAGGAUAUGUACCAAAACGGUGGUUCUCCACAACAGAGUGUUCCUGUACCUCAACCUCAACCCCCAAGACCCCAAAUGCAACCACAACAAUUCGUGCAGAAAGCAGCCCCUCCACCACCUCCAAGGUCUCCCGAAAACAUCAGGGAAGCACCAAGAUACCAGCCACCAGUUAUUGAAAGAGCCCCACAACAGCAGCAACAAAGAUCGCCUCCACUGCAACAGCAGUCACCUAGAUCGCCUUUCGUUCAACAGCAACAACCAGCGUAUCAACAACCCCAGCCACAACAACAGCAAAGAUCGCCGCCAGUGCAAGUACCGUCCUAUCAACCUCCAAUCAUCGAGAGGGCGCCUCAGUCUCCCAAAACAACCUCCAGCAAUGUUGGGUCGUUGUAUAUACCUCCAGUUAAUAACCUCCAACAACAGCAAAGAGUUGUUUCUCCACCAACUCCACCCCAAAGAAACACCGAAAGCCCCGUAAUCCAAUCACCUGGUACUCCUUUGAAGGAAGCACCAAGACCCUGGCAGACGAAGCCCCAACAGGAUGCUACUCCAUCCUGGGCGAAGAAAGAUGCUCCGAAUGAGAUGCCACAAACCUUCCCUGUGCACAUCGAAGUAAGAAGCCAGCAAAGACCGGCAUCUCCCUUCUCCCAGCAGCAAAACAGGAACUACGAGCCUUCACCGAACGCUGUCUACGUGACUCAGCCUGUGGUCAUUCAGCAUCCAGGUGGGGCACCGCAAAACAGAGCCCAGGUGCAAAUGCAGCAGCCCAGGUUGGAUAGCCAGGGUGCCGUCAUCAUACCGGUGAAGAUUGAAGGUCGAUCGCCUCCAAUCAGAAACUUGCAAAGGCAGCAGAGCUGGGGUAGCAACCCGACGCAGUCAAACUCCUUCAAGAUAAUCCAGAAGAUGACGAAUACUGAUGAUGAGGAGGAUGAUAAUGCGCCCGUUACAUCGCAUUCCCCCAAAUACCCCGCUAAUUUUCAGCAGCUUCCUGCCGAACAAGUCAGGAGGAUGAAGUUGAAUGAAGGAGAUAGAAAUUUGGUCGACAGGUUCAGGCAAGGAGACAACGAUAUGUUUUUACACGAUGAAGUAGAUCCUAGAUAUAGAGGACCCGCAAUACCGUCAAAAGCCUUUAAGCUUUUGCAAAGCAUGACAGAUAGUUUAGACAUGCCAAUUUCAAUGGUUUCUCCAGGACCACAGCAACAGCCAAUAACGAAUAGAGGACCACAAGUUAGAACCAUCCCAGUCCAAAUUGAAGGCCAAAAUAAUCAACCAUAUGUCCACCCCAGCCAACAGACCGUACCAGAACCGAAAAAAUACACUGGAAGCUCAAUACCAAGUAGAUCUUUUAGAAUGUUGCAAGCUAUGACUUCACCAGAUGGUUGUGCCAAUGUCAACCAAGAUUGCGAUCAAAACGAAUGGGACUCAGAUCCUAAUUACCCCUAUCCUCCGGCGCCAUACUGGCAAGAUUAUUAUUACCCCCCACCCCCGCGUCCUCACGAAUUUUCUAGGAGCGAUAAGAGCAAUAGCCAAAGAACCACGCCUGUGCCUUUUUGGGGGUAUUACCCUCCCCCGUACCCCUACGGUAGACCGUUGAAAACCCCGGUGAAUGAUUCAGAAUCUGAUACGGAAAGUAGAAGGAUUCCAAGACGUACCCCACUUCCGUUUGGAAGGCCUUUAAGAACACCAACUAGGGAUUUAGAUACAUCUGAUGGUGAAACAAGACGUAGAUUAAUGAAAACUCCAUCUACAGAAGUGGAUUCUGAUUCAGAAACUAUAAAAACAUCAAGACGUACCCCAGUACCAUUCCAUGGUUAUUAUCCACCUUACCCUCCGUACCUAAGACCGCUUAAAACACCAGUAACUGAGGACGAGUCAGACGAAUUUGAAGAACUUGGUUACCCUCCACCUUACCCCUAUUAUUACCCCCAUUAUUACUACGGAUACCCUCCAAUGUACCCUCCAUACCAUAUGUACACUGAAGAUCAAGAUUAUGCGGGAUAUUCAUCAGAAAACGAAAUGGCCUACUAUAACAACGAAAGACCUCAGUAUAGGGAAAAAUUAGCCACUGAAGACUGUACUACGCCAAGAAUCGUAAUAACCCCAACAUUACCCGAUUACAAACAACAAAAAGAAAAAGAAUCAGAUUCAGAAGAAGACAGCCUCGAUACAGACACAGAAGAUGUCUCAGAAAGCACCCAAACUCAAAAACUUCACACCCUUAAAUCAAUACCAUCAGUAAAUAACAUUCAAAUGUACAACUAUGGUGGUAAGGAAGAUUUAGAUUCAGAUUCAGAAAACGAAGAACCAGUUAUCGAGGAAGUCUCAGAAACAACCACCGAAGACAGCAACGAUGAUGCUUCAGUUUACAUAAAUGAAGAUGAAGAACUACCCCACCAACUGAGCGUCAUUUUUGAAGAAACAGAAAAAUCAGACUCCAGAAUGCAACGCGAAGCCAGUGUACUAAGUGAUAGUACUACAGUACUAGAUGAUGAAGAAGAAGAAUACACCAUGGAUGUAAACAUACCUUCUUUGGACUGCAGACGACUAUCGUUUAAAGUCGAAUCCGAAGAAUCAGAAGUAUAUGCUUCGUUUACUUUAAAAUCGCCUAGUUUGACACCCAAAAAAGUAUCACCGUGCAGAUUUGAUAGCGUUGAUAUUGAAACUGAAGAUUACAUAAUAAUCAAUGAUAAAGUUGAAGAAGCAGUCCAAAAAGAAGAAGAACAUUCAAAUAAAACUGAAGAAAACAUAAUUAUCAACGAUGAAGUUGAAGAAAAAGUCCAAAAAGUUGAUUCAGAAAAGGAAGAAACUCAAGAGGAAGAACAAGAUUGGUGGGGAAUGUUAUCCAAUGGAGAUUCACCCCCACCAAGGCGAAAAAUCUUCAAUAAACCCGUUGAACCCGCAGAACCAGAAGAAAUAGUGACUGAAGAUUACGCCCAGGCUAAAAUAGAAGCAGAAAGGAAGAAAGUCGACGAUGGUAAAGCCGUGAUGAAAGAUUUUGCUGCCAGAUUGAAGGAAAUUCAAUCUAUACACGAAAAAUCCGGUACAACGCGAAGACAAAGUUUGGCGGAAGAGAUGUCUCAAGAACCAAAGGUUGAAGAAACCGGACGGGAAGAUUUCUGGGGUAAUAUGUCCAGCGAUUCAGAAGAUGAAAAACUAGAAACAGAAGAAACUAAAAAUGCCGAAGAAGAAAAAUUAGAAAAUAUAGUGUGUACUAACAAUGAAGAAGAAGAAGAAGUCGAUUUUUGGAGUGUUAUUGGCAACACUGAUGAGAUGGUUAGUCGUAGAUCAUGUAGCUAUAGAAGAGAUUCAGAUUCUGCUCGCUCUAGAAAUAGUAGCGUUAGUGAGAGUCAUAAUUUAGAAGAAAAUGAAGAAGUUUGCAAUAGUAGCUCCAAGGAAAUCGAAGAUACGGAAUACGUUGAAGAAAGUAAAACACAAGAUGAUGAUGAAGAAGAAGAAAUUGACAGAAAUCAGUUGUUGGAAAUCGUUUAUGGACAAGAAAUAGUAGAAAAUGAAGAAGAUCAAUUUGAAGAUCGUAUUGAAGGAAAUAAUAAAGAAGACGAAAUGAUUGUGCAAAAUAAACAAGAAAGUGAUAUUGCAGGUGUAUGUCACAGUGAAGAAAUUAAUGUUCAAUAUAAAGAAGAGGGUGAAGUUCGUAAAAAGUAUAAACUAACUAAACAAAACAGUGUUUUAAAAGAUGAUGUACCAAAAGAAGAACUAUUUAAAAUGGUUCACAAGAAAAUUAAACAAGAAGAAUCAUCUGAAUCGGAUUCAGCUGGUUCGUAUUCAGAUGCAAACAAUAACGAUGAAGAAGUGCCAUCGUUAUCCAUCAAAGAUCGCAUCAAGGCUCUUCAAGAGAGUAUCAAACAAAAACAAGAGAGCGUUAAGGACUACCAAGAGAUGAAAGUAUCAGUCAAAAAGAAAAUAAACGUUUUGGAGAUAACAAACAGCCAAAACUCAUCGAUUGACGUCAGCAAAACAACCUCGACCAAAAGCAGCAUGAAGUCUUUCGAAGAAUUCAGUGAAGAAGAAAUCGAUUCGGGUAUCACCUCGGAUAUCAGCCGCCACAUAUCGGAUAACGAAGAGUAUCCGGAGAUGAAGAAGAUGAGCAAAUAUCAACGCGCAGCCACGCACUCCAGAUUGUUCAAGUUGUUACAGGAUGGCUGCGAUAUGGAGAAUGAAGAUGAAGAUGAGGAACAAAUUGCGGCGGUGCCUCAGAAGGAGGAUAAGUUCGCGAAGUUAUCAGUAAGGAAAAGAAUGGAGGAGAGAAAUGAUAUUAUGAGUAGAGAUCAGUUGAGUCUGCCUUUGAAGAGAUACAGCGAACCCAGCAGUAUGUCUUCGAGUGGCAUAACGUCGCCCAUAUCGCCGGUGAAUGAGAAAUUGGUGCAUGAAGUCGUGCAAAGCUUGUUGCAGAGGAAGAAAGGGCAGAUAUUCAGGAACAUGCCCAAAGAAAAACUCUACGCAGCCGCUUUAAGGAUCCUGCAAGAAGAUAUGGAUGGUUUGGAGACUCCUUCGGAAGAUUGCAGUUUCAUUUCGCCUCUGAGAGGAAACACGGAAAAUUCGACGCCCGCGCAAACUCCCCAAGAAUUCUACGGCGACUACAACGAGUACAGUCAGUACUACGACACGUGGAGCGAAGCCGAUAGAAUGUACUACGAGGGCUACGAAAUCUGCCCGUCGAAGGCGUUCAAACUCAUCAAAGACCACGUCAGUAACAGCAACAACAAAACUGGGACAGUGGCGGGUUUUUUGGCUAAAUGUCCUAAAAUAUUGAGUUCGAAAAACGUUCACAAGCACCUAGAGGGUUUUGAGGACGCGGACUCCACCCCCACCCCCCCACGAAAAAACAAAAGAAGCGAGGGAAGUAGCUUCUUGAAAUAAACGAACGAAGAAUCGAUAUCGAUGUGAUUUUUUUUCCGGACCCGGUCUCGUAUGAGGUCCAGACCAAUCAGAUUUCUGAACGCUGAAUGAAGCUCGAAAACUAAUAAAUAAAAAACAUUUUUUUGUGAAUGGCCCAAAUAUUUUUGUGAGUGUUUCUGCUUUGCGAAACGCCUUGAUUUUUUUUUAAUAAUCAUUCACGACUUUUUGUACAUAAAAUAAAUAAAUAUGUAAAGAAUUUUGUAUAGAAAUGUUAGGUUCUUAUAUAAUAAAUACAGCAUGGAUUGUUAUUGUUUUUUCAAUGUAUUAAUCAAGUAUAUUUAGUUUUAAUAAGUGUAUCUUUAAUUUUAAUGUAUAUAUAUAUAUAUAUAUGUAGCAGCUACAAUGUUAUAUUCAUGUAUUUUUAAAAAAUUAAUAAAUGGUUAAGAAAUUUGUAUUUUUUUUAUUAUUAUAAAAAGUAAUUACUUUUCCCAUCUUCAUUUUCUCUAUUAAUCAUGUGUCCAUUACAUUCGAAAUGUCCACAAAUAGAACAGCUCAACCUUUCACCUCUGUCCUGCUCAGUUUCGCAAUAAUCUUUAGGACCUUCUGGGGGAGGAACAUAACAACCUCUUUGUACAUACCGAGUACCUAAAU